AGUAAAAAGGAAAAGUAUGUGAUUUGGGACGUAGUCAGUCGUGCUGCUCCUCGUCCUGGAAUGAUUCAUAGCUUGAUAACUCCUCCCUCCUCUUCCUGCUCUCAAACACAGACUGCUACACUCGGUCCUCUUAUUUCCUUGUUCCCUCCCCUUCAGAUCGACAGUUUGAAGGUGGGUGUAACCAACAUAACACAUGAUGAUUACAUCAGAGCUCAAACUAGUGUCGGUUCUCAGGAAGUGAAACUCAGACAGUCGUUGCUACUGAGAGGUGAAAUGGCGCAGAAAGGAGUUCAGCUGGACCAGGAAGCAAUCUCUUGUUCGAUCUGUCUGGAUGUACUGAAGGAUCCGGUGACUACUUCCUGUGGACACAGCUACUGCAUGAACUGUAUUAAAAGCUUCUGGGAUGGAGAGGAUGAGAAGAAGAUCUACAGCUGCCCUCAGUGUAGGCAGACCUUCACACAGAGGCCUGCCCUGCUGAAAAACACCAUGUUAGCAGUUUUAGUGGAGGAACUGAAGAAGACUGGACUCCAAGCUGCUCCUGCUGAUCACUGCUAUGCUGGACCUGAAGAUGUGGCCUGUGAUGUCUGCACUGGGAGGAAACUGAAAGCCUUCAAGUCCUGUCUGGUGUGCCUGGUCUCUUACUGUGAGAAACACCUCCAGCUGCAUUACGAUGUAGCUCAAUUAAAGAAACACAAGCUGGUGGAGCCCUCCAAGAAGCUCCAGGAGAACAUCUGCUCUCGUCACGACGAGGUGAUGAAGAUGUUCUGUCGUACCGAUCAGCAGUGUAUCUGUUAUCUCUGCUCUGUGGAUGAACAUAAAGGCCACGACACCGUCUCAGCUGCAGCAGAAAGGACCGAGAGGCAGAGAGAGCUGGAGGUGAGUCGACUCAACAUCCAGCAGAGGAUCCAGGACAGAGAGAAAGAUGUGAAGCUGCUCCAACAGGAGGUGGAGGCCGUCAAUCGCUCCGCUGAUAAAGCAGUGGAGGACAGUGAGAAGAUCUUCACCGAGCUGAUCCGUCUCAUGGAGAAAAGAAGCUGUGAUGUGAAGCAGCAGGUCAGAUCCCAGCAGAAAAGUGAAGUGAGUCGAGUCAAAGAGCUUCAGGAGAAGCUGGAGCAGGAGAUCACUGAGCUGAAGAGGAGAGACGCUGAGAUGAAGCUGCUGUCACACACAGAGGAUCACAACCAGUUUCUUCUUAACUACCCCUCACUGUCACCACUCACUGAAUCUACAUCCAGCAUCAAUAUCCGUCCUCUGAGCUACUUUGAGGACGUGAUGGCGGCUGUGUCAGAAGUCAGAGAUAAACUACAGGACGUUCUGAGAGAGAAAUGGACAAACAUCUCACAGACAGUGACUGAAGUGGAUGUUUUACUGUCACAACCAGAGCCCAAGACCAGAGCUGGAUUCUUACAAUAUUCACGAGAAAUCACACUGGAUCCAAACACAGCAUACACAUGGCUGUUAUUAUCUGAGGGGAACAGAAAAGCAACAUUUAUGAGUCAACAACAGUCUUAUUCUAGUCACCCAGACAGAUUCACUGACUAUUGUCGUCAGGUCCUGAGUAGAGAGAGUCUGACUGGACGUUGUUACUGGGAGGUGGAGAGGAGAGGGACAGGAGUUCAUGUAGCAGUCACAUACAAGAGUAUCAGGAGAGCAGGGGGGGGGUCGAAUGAACAUUACUUUGGACACAAUGAUAAAUCUUGGGCGUUAGUUUGUAACCAAAACAGUUAUAUAUUUUUGUACAACAAAGUCCAAACCCCCGUCUCAGGUCCUCCGUCCUCCAGAGUAGGAGUGUACCUGGAUCACAGUGCAGGUAUUCUGUCCUUCUACAGCGUCUCUGAAACCAUGACUCUCCUCCACAGAGUCCAGACCACAUUCACUGAGCCUCUCUAUGCUGGACUUUGGCUUUAUUAUUGUGAUGACACUGCUGAGUUGUGUAAACUGAAAUAGACAGAAGUCAUUUAAGGGUUAAAUUCAGUGUUUUAACUCUUAAACUUCUCUGGUGUCCAUCAUUGUUGCUGCAGAGCUGAUUUGUGUCUGGACCGCAGAGGACCAGCCCUACAAACACUAAAGUGUGUCACUGCCUGACUGACUGAGUGAUGAAGUUACAGGAUUCAUCAGCGACUGUUGCAGGUUCCUCAUUGGUUGUUGCUCUUUCUAAAUGAAAAGCUGGAGAACAGUUCAGUGUUUAUGUUUUCUGGGGAUUGUGUCAGCGGUUCAUUGAAUCAUUACAUCGUGCUGUUGUUGUGCAUGUGCUAUUGUUUAUAGUAGUUUAAG